AAUGGCGGGGGCGGGGCACGAUGCGGGUUGUGACUUGCAAACAUUAUUAGUGAGCUGAACAUGGCUACUGAUUUGUGACCUUUCUUCAUAGUACCAAGCUACGCACUACUAUCUGUACUAAGGAUGGUAAUAUUUAUUGUGUAUAUCCACAGGUAGGGGCAUAGAUUGUGAAAGUCUCUGAAGUAGGCCCCAUAGCUCACUGUCCUCAAUGGCUAACAUUGGGUCAUCACUGUUAUCGUGAUCGUCUGGCGGUGUUGCAAUGAUCGUGUGCGAUGACACUACACCACAUGACUGCUGCAGAAUAUAGACAAGGAUACGGAUAACACAGAAAAGUGCGUGCAUAAUAGUUGUGUUUGUAGAGGGGAAAAUUUGCCGUUGGUCACUUUGAGUUUUACUUUGGUGCAAGGCUUUCCGCAGGUCCAGUUCCUUACCUCCAAUGAUGCCAGCAAGCAACAUGGUUGCAAGUCUCAUUCACACAAUCACUGCGCAUUCAGGAGACAUCACUUGUCUUUCUUUUACACAUGACCGAUUGGCUACUGGCUCAGGUGAUAAAACUCUUCGGCUCUGGAGUCUUGAUGAUUUUUCUGAACAUCAGAGUUCCCCUUUGCUAGGCCACUCAUAUAACAUCCAUUGUUGUGUCUUUUCACCUUUUGGGUCAAUACUUGCAACAUGCUCCACUGAUGGCAAGCUAAUAUUAUGGGAUGUGAAAGCAUAUGAAAUCACUGCCAUUCUGCAGCACCCAAGCAAGAACAGCAUUCGUGUGUGUCGAUUCUCACCAGACUCAAGUCACAUUGUAUCAGGAAGUGAUGACAAUACCAUAUGCAUGUGGGAGGUAGCUACAAAGAAGUUGAUUAGGUCAUUUUCAGGCCAUGAAGAAUCUGUUGUGGCACUAGCUUACAGUCCUGAUAAUAAUUACCUAGUGUCUGGCAGCACCUAUGGUGACCUCCAUGUGUGGGACGCCUGCUUUGGACAUGGCCGAUACCUCUUUCUAGAGGUGGAAGGCCAUGACCUUGGGGUCACAUGCUGUGAAUUUUCACCUACUUAUGGCUCAGCAAGAAACCCACAGAGUGGAAUAGCCAAUUUUCUUCUGGCAACAAGCGGUAAAGACAAUUUGAUUAAACUGUGGAUUUUCACAGCACCGGUUGGCUCAGCAGAUGUUGUUCUUAAGUGUCACAAUACUUUGCCUGGACACUCGGACACGGUCACAUCCUGUGCCUUCAACCCCUCAGGAACUAUUCUUGCCUCUGGAUCUUUGGACAAGACUGUACGUUUGUGGGACCCAGUGAGAGGCAUACCUUUGUUCACCAUAGAUGCUCACAACAGGUUUGUCAGCUGCUGUGCUUUCUCUUUAGAUGGCAGACUGCUAGCCACAGGGUCCAUUGAUCGAACUGUUAAGAUUUGGAAGCUAACAGAUACCAGUCAUAUUAUGGAAGGUUUGAUGGGUUAUGAAGCUCCUGAGGAGGAUGUGAAACCGACAAGCUCUGCAAACCCUGUGUGUGCCAUGGAGAACUGGACUGUAGAUGAUGUGGUUGCUUGGCUUGCAACCUUUGGGCUGGAGCAGUAUCAAGACAGAUUCCGUGAAAAUAUCAUCGAUGGUUCUGAGUUGCUGGCUUUGACCUCCUCUGAUCUAGAGACAAUUCUUGGUGUUGCACCAUUGGGUCACAGAAACAAAAUUUUGAGAAACCGGGAGGUGAGCAAAAUGCAGAUGGUGCCCAAGUCUGAAGCAAAGGAGAUAAAGCUGCCAGACCUGAGCAGUCAUGAUGAGCUGCUUUGUCCCAUCACUCGGGAGAUUAUGAAAGAUCCAGUUAUUGCUGCAGAUGGGUAUACUUAUGACCGUAGCGCUAUCCAGGCCUGGCUGGAGAGUGGGAAAGAUCGCAGUCCUAUGACCAAUACAGUACUUGACCACAGAAGCCUCACCCCCAAUCGCACACUGAAGAUGGUCAUUGAAAGGUUCUUGGAGCAGAUGAAGUGAAUGGCCAGAAAUGAGGCCAGCAUUGUGUUCCUGCUGUGAGAUCUUCCCACAAACAUUACUUUAGGUGUUUAACCUACUUUGGCACUCCUUGCUCUCCUAGCACAAAUUUCUCUGGUGGGCAGUCAUGGCUUGGCAGAAGACAGCAUGCCUGAGGAUCCCAUCACAUAUCACUCUGUGUUGUGAAUCAGAAAUGGCAACAGUUGUUUAGGCAGCACAGUGUUAAUGUCUCAUUAAAGAAACUCAUGACCGCAGUUUGCUGCCAGGUUUUUACAAGAGACAGAGAAACGUGAAACAGUAAACAGUGUGGAAAAAUGAAACAGACUAUUGCAAAUGAAACAUCUUCCAGUCAUUAAAUACUGUUGACUAUAUGACAUGCAACAUGGAGAGUACUGACAAAAAAAUAAAUUAGCAUUAAUCCCCACUCAUCCCCCUCACACACCCAUAACAACCUCUUACGCAUGCACUCUGUCAAGCCUUGAUGAUGGACAGGUAUAAUGAACAAAAGAAUAAAACUCCUUUUUGCCCUAUCAGUUGAUACUUUGGGCACUCGAUAUCUGUGACCAGAGUAAAAUAACUCCAAGCAUGCAAAACGUUUUUCUAAAGAAAGUCAGGUCAGUUUCCCACAAUGGUGCAUCACGAGAACAAACGUCUUGUCUUACGAAGAGCAGUGCCAUAAAGCCCCGUGUGACCUCAUGAUUGUAGUACUAUGUGUGGAGGGCUGGGCAUCAGCAUGCCACCAUUAUUGAUCUUUUGUUCUAUGAACUGUGCUGAGCCUACAUAGACAGUGCAUGAUGCAGAUGUUGUGUAGCGCAGCACACUUUUUUUGGCCCAAAAAGAGCCCCACAUCUUACUUUGCACUUUGCUCUCACUCACAGUUCCUCCAGUCCCACUUUAUACACAGUCAUCACUGAAAAUACACAGUAAUAUAAUAGCUAUUACCGACUAUUGGCAAUAGUCAUUGGCAAUUUCUGGUUUUCUCACAUAUGAUUGUGACCACUGGGAAUAUUGCAUGGAGGUCUUAAACACAAGACUGUGACUGUUGGGAGUAUUACAUAGAGCUCUUACCACAAGACUGCGACCAUUGGAAUUAUUACACAGAGAUCUUAAGCACACAGACUUGAUCAUAGAGUUUGCAUCAGAGGGAAACAGAGGUCUGUGCCUUUCUAUUUGUUUUGCUCCUGUUCUGGAUUAUGUCAAAAGAUUUUAGCAAAUUGGUCUUUCAAAUUCACUGUGAUACUUUUUCAUUCUUAAUUUCAAUUUUUGUAACAACAGCAACAGCAAAAAAAUUAAUGCAGUCUUUUGAUAAUGUGAUAUUUUUUGUGUUUAUAUGAACAUCCAUCCAGACUUUUCGACAGUAGUGUCAUGGUCUAUGCAUUGGUUAUUGCAGAAAACUUGAAAAUAUUUAUAUUUCAAAUUGGAUUGUUUUCAAUUGUUUUGAUUUUAUAUAAUCUGAUUUUUUUCUUUUACAUUUGCUGAUUCUUUUGUAAAAUUCAGAUUUUAAGGUACAAACCUGAAAAAUAUUUUGAACUCUUUGUGCCUUCUAACAGCCACUCUUACCUUGUGUUCAUGUAGACCACUAUGUGUUUACUUGUUUUGGCGCCGGCCCUUAAAUGUUAGAUGUGUUCCUUUUCUGUAGCUCACACCAGUCACUAUAGUCAACAAUCCAUGAAGUUUUAUAGACCAUCUUUCAGCAAAGCAUUCCUAAUUCUUCUUGACAGCUGUAUCUCUCAAAAUUUUAAUGUUAAACGUUGUUCCUAUGAAUUUUUUGACAUAAAUCCUUUUUUAUAUCAUUUCUAUAAAGUUGGUGGUGUAAUUUUGUUGACCAGUAUGUUGGUGUUGAAAUGUUAUUUGGAGCAAGAAAAUAAAUUGCUAAUAAAUUGUUGUGGAAAUUUUUUUAAGGAUUAUAAUAUUCUUUUAUCCACUGACCAGAAUAACAGAUAAUUUUUGCCUAAUUGUGACAAGCAUGAAUGUAAAUUUCAUGUCUGUGUAGUCUUGAUAAUUUUUAUAUUUAAAAAUACUGUUGUGUCAAGAAACAACAAGUUGAUGUAAACAAUAAAAUGAUAAUUAGAAUGCAUUCAUUGUUAUUUUAGCUAUACAGACAUUUGUGUAAAACUGUUUGUUUGAAACAAAUAACUGCUAUGAUUAGCAUGUAAUGGUGCCAUUGUAUAUUUUAAUUUGUUGAUGAUGCUCAUUGGUAUCUUUCAUAAUGUCUAUUAUGGGUACAUUACGGUAUCUGUCUUUUAUUUGCAUGCUAUAAGGAGCAAUGGAUCCCUUUUCUUUCAUACUUUAUACAUUGAUAAUCUGUGAUGAUACCUUUACAUUUUCCAGUAGAAUAUGAAGACUUGUUGAUUAACUUUGUGGCUUAUGCAUGCAGCUAUCAUGUUAAACUGAUGGUUAUUUGUGUCUUGUAACAGCUCAUAAGACCGUUGAUUAUCUUGGAGGACACUAAUUUGUUUUCUUAUUGUGUGUAAAUGUAGCUCCAUUGAGAGACAUU